GUUCGCCAGACCGUUUUUCAGCGUCAUCUCAAAGUAGUCUAAAAUGCUCACCUUGGUGCGAUUUUAACAAGGGAUUUUUUUACGAAUUUCGGGCGAAGGCGAUCGCCGUUGGACCAAGGCGAGCAAAAUGGGUCACCGACGGGGGUUUGAGGCGCACUUCAGCACACUUUUGUUCCUCCUUGUAAUAACUCCAACGUCGAUUUUGCAGCUCACGGAGUCAACCAGCACUCCAGAACCAACUACCACACUGGAACAAACCACUCUGGCACCCACCACCACCAUGGACUCGACUACAACUCCAGAGCCCACAAGCACUUUGGACCUGACCACCAAAGACUCGACUACCACCCCCGCUCCUCAAUACCUUUACAACCUCAGCGAAUCUCGACCUGGUCUUCGAUCCAAUUGUAAAGACAAGCUCCUCUCAGUACCAAGAUCUAGAAACACCUCCACGGAUAAAGCCUUCAUAAUUGCUGGUACAAAGCUUUGGAACACAAUACCAUCAAGCAUGAAAUCAAAGGAUUAUAUUAAUCAUGCAGGAAACACUUAA